AAAAACGCCCCCUCAGCAUCGAGUGCGUUCGGAGGAUCAUGUCUCUGUCUCAUCUCAAAUGCAUCGGAAUCAGGCGCCAUGUGAUACAUCUUGUCGAACUUGAAAGUCGCACGUUCCGUGAGUCGACCUUGCCCUUUCGAGAUGGAUGGUCUUGUUCAAUAUGGAGGAAGCCGUGACCGAGUGUUGGCUAGUCAACGCGAAUUUUCAUGACGGAGAAACACCAGCAACUCGACCCACACUACGUGACUUUUGCCAUGAUCCUGCUGAAUCCAGCCAUGGUAUGAUUGCAGAGGUGUCACCACCUGAUGUAGAUUCUUGCCUUGAUACAGUGCUAGUAUACAUCUCCAUGAGCAAAGUUGUCAAAGCUGCCAACAGUACAUACUAGCACAAGCCCGCCGUUCUAUUCACACCUACCACAUUUCUUAUCUACUGUCGGCACAACACAUCAUCUUCGCAAACAUGGGGAAACGAGCAAAGAUUCCCAGGUCGAAGCUCAACGCAAGGCUCAUGACGAUAACGGCUCGAAAGGCUCAUUUUCCGGAUCCGCCAAAAGGGACUGUGUUCAAUCCAGAUGUCAACCCGGACUUCAAGGACCAACAUCUAUCCGUUUAUGGUCAUCGUCUGAUGUCUAACAGAGACCUCCGUGUUGUUGAAGUUGCAGAAAUAUUAAUGGACUGGGCCUCAGACGACAAUCAGCCAAACGGUCUACGUAGCGGCUUUCCUGAAGAUAGUGCACGAGGAAUCAAUCUGGUUAUUGAUGACUUUGAGGCUGUGUCACGAAGACACACAGAAGAUUCGGAAGAUGCGUUUACCAUAUUCGUCCAUGAAUGGAAAUGGCGCCCUCCUAUCCUGGAAUCGUUUAGACCCAUGGAAGUCGGACGAUGGGAAUUAGAAGUCUAUGACAUUCUUUACAACUAUUGUCUAAGGCCAGUGGAGUUCAACUCUCUUACCAUGAACCGAUUCAUAGCAUGGCUCUGCUCAAAUGGCAGUGUACCUAAAAGCUUUCGCACCAGAGUCGAAAGAGAAUGUCUUAGUCGCGGAGGUAUCAAGUACUCCGAGUUUCUUGCAAUCAUACGAGCAUAUGUCGACCACCAGCCAGAGGAGAUUAAUCGCAAGGCACGACUCUCCGAGUUCUUCGCCAACAAUGAGCCCCCAAGACUCAAAGCCAUUGGUCUGAACGAGUUCGAUCAGUACAAACGAGAUGUCAUCGGGAUUGCUCAGACGAAUCGGGACAUUCUUCUCCUGUGGGAUGAAGAAUUUGUUCACUGGCUUAGAAGGGGGUUUGUCGAGUUUCCUGUCUUGAAUGCCCUGAUCGCGCGCCGAGCCUUUGAGUUGGCCAUUCGACUAGAUGAGACUGCACCUCCUUCGUGUAAAGCUAUCAACCUUCUAUUCGGAGAUCUUCUAGUCGUGAUAGAAGACCACAUCACUAACGAACACCAACGUCAAGCAUUGGAACACAAGAUCCAUUCGUUGCAAUCGCAACUGAGGAUAGAGCACCAACGGCCUCUGUCAAGAGUUGAGUUCAGUCCAGAGCCAGAAAACGAUGACUCGGCAGACGAACGCGAAUUGGAGGAAAUGCUAAGUGACAUUCUGAAUCAAGAGAAAGAGCUUUACCAUCAGAGGAUUCAAAUUCAGAAAGAUCGAGACGACGGCAGGACCACGAUUGAAGAUCAGAGGCAACUAUUACUUCUCCAUAAGAAAGAGCUGAGAUGCACGAGAGCUCUCGACGAGCUUCGACAGGCACAAGCCAAAAGGACGGAGAAGUAUCAGCGAAAGCCGUUACAGCGUCAAAGUCCUCAUGGGGUCGUGCAGAAGUGCGAGCAAGGAGCUGAGCCUCACAGCACUGUACUUCGAGAGAUCUUCCGGCCUCAGCAGCAUCAUAUAUACAGCGCCAGACUCGAGACUUCACAACGUGUAAGACCUGGCGACAAGCUAGCUGAGACUCACCACGACCCCGAUUAUGAGCGACUACAACGGUGUCGGAUGGCAGAAAUUAGACGACAAAAACUGACACGAGGAACGGCAAAAGCGAGGUGAAACACAGUUUGCACGUUGGCAUUUGUUUAGACUUCUAUCGAUUGGCAAAAUCUCCCCUUGACACGACUCUAUGAACACACAAAGCCCCGAGGUGAAGCCACAGCCGACGCACCGCACCUCGUGACCAGAUCGGCUUUGGAUACACUCUGGGAAGCUUCUCCUCCCACGAGUAACCA